AUGUCUGAUACCAAAGGAAAGCUUAGGAAGUAUAAGAUUGUGUUUCUUGGGGAUCAAAGUGUUGGUAAGACAUCGUUGAUCACCCGAUUCAUGUAUGAUACUUUUGACGAACAAUAUGCUGCUACAAUCGGUAUAGAUUUCCUUCUGAAAACAGUUUAUUUGGAAGAUAACCAAACCAUCAGGUUGCAGCUUUGGGAUACCGCUGGCCAAGAGAGGUUUCGGCUGUUGAUUCCAAGCUAUAUCAGAGACUCACAUGUGGCGGUGGUAUGCUACGACAUUUCCAACAAACGGUCGUUUGCCAAUCUAGACAAAUGGAUCAGUGAUGUACGAUUAGAAAGAGGUGACGAAGUUUUGGUAGUGGUGGUGGGGACAAAAUCAGACUUGAGCAACAAGAGACAAGUGACCAGUGAAGAGGCAGAAGCAUUGUGUUCUCGGGUUGGAGGUGCAUUUUUUGUGGAGACUUCAACAAAGGCCAACCAUAACAUUAAACAGUUAUUCAAACGUAUAGCCCAAAAUUUGAGUGGAUCAUCAGAUGAAAAUGGAGUUGAUAAUCAAGCUCAAGACACUGCAGGAACAGAAACAAUUGAUAUUUCCAUCAACACAGAGUCAGUGGCACCUCUGAGGUGUUGUUAG